GUGGUUGAUUGGGUAAAAGGUUUGGAGUUCUUGGUUCAUACUACGAAAGGUAAAGAGGUUUCAAAAUUCUGAUAUUUUGAUUGGUUCUCAUAGUGUUGAUGACUAUCUUUCAUUGGUUGUCCCUUCACGAGUUUAAAACAAAGACAUGAAAGUGACACUAUGUUUCAAUAUGAGGUUUUGCACGGUUGAUUACUUUAUUUGGUAGGUUGGAAUUUUAAGAUUCAUUUCUUUUGGUCCAACUGGUAAGCACAAGUAUUAAAGAUUGGUGUAACAAGGUUUUAAGAACGUUAAUAACAUAAUUUAAUGCAGAAUCUUGAAAGAUGGGCGCUGUGGUCAACAUUGUUUAGAUUAAGUACUUGAGUUUGUUUUCUGGAUUAUUUCUCUAGCAUACAUGUUCUGUUAUUCCACUAAUCUGAAGAAGAUUGUUUCUUGGGAGUGCACGGGAUGACGAGGUUUGCUUGUUUGCUCCUCUUUACCAUGCUCUUGUUUAACAUGCUUUUAAGUUUUAGCUAUGCAGGGAUAACCACAGAGAGUCCUUUGUCAAUAGGACAAACUCUCAGCUCCUCUAAUGGUGUUUAUGAAUUGGGGUUCUUCAGUCCUAAUAACACCCAGUACCAAUAUGUUGGCAUCUGGUUUAAGGAUACUAUUCCCCGGGUCGUUGUGUGGGUUGCCAAUAGGGAGAAACCCGUCACGGACUCCUCUGCUAAUCUAGCUAUUAGUAGCAGUGGAAGUCUUUUGUUAUUCGAUGGAGAAAAUGGCGUUGUUUGGUCCAGUGGUGUAAAUUUUUCCUCUAACGGGUGUCGUGCAGAGCUUUCAGAUACCGGAAAUCUUAGAGUCAUAGAUAAUGUUUCGGAAAGAGAUCUGUGGCAAAGCUUUGAGCAUCUUGGUGAUACUCUGCUACAUACUUCAUUCCUGACGUAUAACCUUGCCACCGGUGAGAAGCGGGUGUUGACUUCUUGGAAAAGUUACACUGAUCCAUCAGUUGGUGACUUUUUGGGCCAGAUUACACCGCAAGUGCCAUCACAGGGGUUUAUUAUGCGAGGGUCGACGCCUUUGGAUCCUUGGGCUAAAACAAGGUUCACUGGGGUACCGUUUAUGGAUCAAUCAUAUACAGGUCCAUUUACUCUUCACCAGGAUGUGAAUGGGUCAGGGUACUUGACUUAUUUUCAAAAAAACUACAAACUUUCACGUAUAACUUUAACACCAGAGGGGUCAAUGAAGAUGUUUCGGGAUAAUGGAAUGGGCUGGGAAUUUUACUAUGAGGCUCCAGCCAAUUCAUGCGAUUUUUAUGGUGCGUGUGGACCAUUUGGGUUGUGUGUUAUGUCGGUUCCUCCAAAGUGUAAAUGCUUCAAAGGGUUUGUACCAAAAUCUAUUGAGGAGUGGAAAAGGGGAAACUGGACUGGUGGUUGUGUGAGGCGUACCAAGCUAGAUUGUCUAGAAAAAUCUACUGCCGGAGAUGCAGAUGUCUUCCAUCCAAUUGCCAACAUAAAGCCUCCAGACUUCUAUGAAUUUGCAAGUUCUGUGAAUGCUGAAGAAUGCCACCAACGUUGCCUCCACAACUGUUCUUGCUUGGCAUUUGCUUAUAUUAAUGGAAUUGGGUGCCUCGUGUGGAACCAGGACCUAAUGGACGCAGUGCAAUUUUCUGCAACUGGAGAACUUCUAUCUAUACGUCUUGCACGUUCUGAGCUAGGUGGAAAUAAGCGCAAGAAGACCAUUGUUGCUAGUACAGUGAGCCUGACCCUAUGUGUGAUCUUGAGCUUCUUUGCGUUUGGUGUCUGGAGAUGCAGAGUGGAACAUAACGCUCAUAUAUCAAAGGAUGUAUGGAUGAAUAAUCUGAACCCACAAGAAGUCCCAGGUUUAAACUUCUUUGAUAUGAAUACCAUUCAAAACGCCACCAAUAAUUUCAGUCUAUCAAACAAACUCGGACAAGGUGGAUUUGGUUCCGUUUAUAAGGGAAAGCUGCAAGAUGGGAAAGAAAUUGCAGUAAAACGUCUUUCUAGCAGUUCCGGACAGGGGAAAGAAGAGUUCAUGAACGAAAUAGUACUCAUCUCAAAACUCCAACACAGAAACUUAGUCCGGGUUUUGGGAUGUUGCAUUGAAGAAGAAGAGAAGCUAUUGAUUUAUGAGUUUAUGGUGAACAAAAGCCUUGAUACCUUUUUAUUUGAUUCAAGAAAAAGGCUCGAGAUUGAUUGGCCAAAAAGAUUUGAUAUCAUUCAAGGUAUUGCUCGUGGACUUCUCUAUCUCCACCAUGACUCACGCCUCAGAGUAAUUCACAGAGACCUGAAGGUCAGCAAUAUUCUUUUGGAUGAGAAAAUGAACCCAAAAAUAUCAGAUUUUGGAUUGGCUCGGAUGUAUCAGGGAACCGAAUAUCAGGAAAAUACUCACAGGGUUGUAGGAACUCUAGGAUAUAUGUCUCCAGAGUAUGCAUGGACUGGGCUGUUCUCUGAGAAAUCCGACAUCUACAGCUUCGGAGUUGUACUGCUAGAAAUCAUCAGCGGAGAGAAGAUCUCAAGAUUCAGCUUUGGCGAAGACGGGAAAACCCUUCUUGCAUAUGCGUGGGAAUCUUGGUCUGAAAAUGGAGGAACUGAUCUGCUAGACCAAGACGUUGCUGAUACAUGUCGACCAGUAGAAGUUGGGAGAUGUGUUCAGAUUGGUCUACUCUGUGUUCAGCACCAACCUGCCGAUAGACCCAACACACUUGAGUUGCUAUCUAUGCUCACCACAACAUCAGAUCUUCCAUUACCAAAACAACCCACAUUUGUAAUGCAUACGAGAGAUGACGAAUCACCGGCAAGGGAUUUGAUCACCGUCAAUGAGAUGACACAAUCUGUGAUCCUUGCGCGUUAAGAAACAUGAGUGAUUGAAAUUAUACAAUUGAAAGUGUGUUAUGUUCAUGAUAGAUCACAAAACUUUUAUUUCAUGUUUAUGUUCUUACAUUAUAACUUUAGUUUUUGACUCUUUAAAAGUAUUAAUAUUGAAUCUU